UCCCAGUGCAACAACAAGAUUCCAACGCAACGCUAACUAAUUGUGCAAAAAGUUCUAAAUUUAGUGUAAAAUAAAGCAAAACGCGUUGUUUUUUCUGAAUAGUUUUUCGCAGUACUGUGUACGCUAUAAGUGAGCAAUCAUUUUCUGUGUGCGCCUUACACACACCCCAAAACGAGUGCGUUUUUCGCGUCCCUUUCCCUCCCCCUAUUUCUUCCUCUUCUAUAACUGUGUCAAAUCAACAACAACAAUCAAAUAUAGAACAACGUUUGUUCGCCUGUGGUUGUGUGUGUGUUAAAUGCACAAAUUGAUAAGCAAUUUGAUUCAAUUUAAUCUAGUUUAAAUCUGUUGAAAUCAGUGCUAUCAGCAGCCAAAUAUAAAUUAUAAAUAUAUAAUUACUAAUCCAUAUAAAUAGAAUACCCUUGAGCGGUUUUGUGUGCGACUAAUUAAUUCAACACAUUUUUUCGGUUCCGCAUUUUUUUGAAAUUAUAACGAAGUUUCACCUAACAACAGCAACAACAAAAAGCGGUUUUUGUUUAUUUUUCAAGCUCAACGAAAAAAAGAAGAAAAGAAAUCCGCUUCCAAUCAGCUGUUCCAAACGGCCGCCUAAGUGCGAGUGAGAAAGCCUGCCUGCGCGCCAAAAUAAAACAACAAAAAAAGUGGUACAGUGGUUGAAAACCUAGCUAAAUUUUCUAAAUCAAUUUGUUCUAUAGUUAAUAAUAAAGGGUAAUUAAACGAGUUAUACUUUAAUUUGUUAAGUUUUUAAAUCGUUUACAUUUAAUACGCGUGUGUCUAGGAAGAAAAGUGAUAAUAUAACAAAAAAGUGAAAAAUGAGUGAUGAAACCAGCGAUACGGGCGGGGCCACUGCCCCUCUUCCAUCACCAGCAAAUGCAGAUCCAGACCCUGGACCAACUCCAUCCAAAUUACCGGGUCCAACGAGAUCCAAUAUUCCCACGCCCGCUGCUUCAAGUACUGGAAUACCGCAGCCCAGCAAAAUGAAGGCCCCCUCCAGUUUUGGUUCUACGGGUUCUGUUUCCAAAAUCGGAAGACCCUGCUGCAAUCACACAACCCCAAAAACGGGGCCACCACCCAGAGACACCGCCAGCAUGAGUCGUGAAAGCGAUGACAAUUUAAGUUCGAUCAAUUCGGCUUAUACAGAUCUCUAUCAAGAGACUGUCAGGCGCUUUACGCGAUCUUCGCUCUCACCCACAUCCGAUUGGGACCGCUUUUCGCCCGCUCGACGCUCGCUAAAAUCGGAGGCUGGAAGUCGCACAUCUUAUGAUUAUUAUCUAGAGGCCACUGGGCGACGUCGCAGCUCAGAUCACAACAGCGCCGUGCUGACAGCUAACACAGAGCAGUUCAUCAUUGGCCAGCGGGUUUGGCUUGGUGGCCUUCGUCCCGGACAGAUUGCCUACAUCGGAGAGACACAUUUUGCACCCGGCGAAUGGGCCGGUGUUGUUCUAGAUGAACCUAAUGGUAAAAACGAUGGCUGUGUCUCGGGCAAAAGAUACUUCCAGUGCGAGCCGAAACGCGGCAUUUUCUCACGCCUUACACGUCUUACCACAUAUCCAAUGUCCGGAGCUCAGACUCCGACCUCUCCAUUGGCCAAAAACUCACCGGACAGAUCUCGCACAGUCUCUCCAACUGCGAGUAUUCGCAGCUCUAUGCUUCGUAGUCCCGGAAUUGGUGGCAAAAACGGCAUGGCUGUGGGUGAUCGUGUGAUUGUCUCCUCUGGAUUUGGCAGUCGUCCGGGUAUCUUACGCUAUUUAGGAGAGACACAGUUUGCUCCUGGCAACUGGUGCGGCGUGGAAUUGGAUGAGCCUAGUGGCAAGAACGAUGGAGCUGUGGAUGACAUAAGAUACUUUGAGUGCAAACCCAAGUACGGAGUGUUUGUACCCAUAGCGAAGGUUUCGCUGUCGCCAUCGUCGAAGAAAACGCGACUUUCCAGGACAGGAUCACGGGAGUCCCUCACCUCGAUCGGCACCAUGAACAGCAUCGCCACCACGGCCACAUCGCGCAUGCGCAUGAAUGCUCAGCAGCGCAAGUCCAUCACGCCCGUUAAGCCAAUUUUAGCGACGCCGAAAAGCCAAUUUUCCAUGCAGGAUCUGCUGCGCGAGAAGCAACAACAUGUAGAGCAGCUGAUGGUGGAGCGGGACUUGGACCGCGAGGAUGCCCAGAAUCAGGCGCUGCAGCUUCAGAGGAACAUCAACGAGCUAAAAGCAAGAAUAGUUGAAUUGGAGUCGGCUUUGGGAGAUGAACGAAAGAAGUCGGAAGAGUUGCAAUUCUCGGUAGACGAAGCCCAGUUUUGUGGCGAUGAAAUGAAUGCUCAGUCCCAGGUCUACAGGGAAAAGAUCCACGAUCUAGAGUCAAAGAUCACACAGCUGGUAUCCGCCACGCCCAGUCUUCAGAGCAUGCCCCAACCGGUCCCGCCUCCUGAUGAUAGCGCCUUAAAGGAGGAACUUGCCAAACAGCUAGAACUUCUAAACACAGAGCGAAGGGAGACAGAGUUACGGAUUGCCGAGCAUCUGGAAGAGCAGAAGCGUUUGGAAGAAAAUGUAAAGUACCUGCAGGAACAGAAUGCUACUCUUCAGGCUGAAUUGGUUUCCAAGGAUGAGUCACUGGAGAAGUUCUCCCUUUCUGAAUGUGGUAUUGAAAACCUGCGAAAGGAGCUAACACUUCUUAAGGAGGAAAAUGAAAAGCAAGCGGAGGAAGCUCAGGCAGAUUUCGCCCGAAAACUGGCCGAAAAAUCCGAAGAGUUGGACAAAGUUACCUCUGAAUUGCAGAAGCUGAAAGCAGCCUCAGAUUCUCUAGAAAGCGAAAGGGUUAACAAGACCGAUGAAUGUGAAAUCCUUCAAACCGAAGUCAGGAUACGGGAUGAGCAAAUCAAGGAGCUAAGUCAACAACUCGAUGAGCUAACAACCCAAUUGAAUGUACAAAAAGCGGACAGUUCAGCUUUGGAUGAUAUGCUACGGCUGCAAAAGGCUGGUAGUGAAGAGAAAUCUAGUCUCCUUGAGAAAACCGAAAAGGAACUGAUUCAAUGUAAAGAAGAGGCUGCUAAAAAUCAACAGGAAAAAGAGAAACUUGAAAAGCAAUUAACAGAAAUAAAACAAUUAGCUGAGCAAGAAAAACUAGUCAGGGAAAAGGCUGAUACUGAAAUUAAUGAACUAAAAUUAAAAAAGGUAGCCAUCGAGCAGCAGUUGGCCCUUAAAGAUACCGAACUUAGGGAUUCCCAAAAGAAGCAAACUGAAACAGAGGCUCAUCUUGAGGAAAACAAAAAUCUGAAUGCCCAAAAAGAUUCGCAAUUAGUUGAGUCCAGCGAAUCCGUUAAGAAACUGCAACAGCAGCUGGAAGAGAAAAUCCAAGCCCAAGAAAAACUUCUAACUGACUUGGAAGAGCUUAAGAAAAAUCAGGAGACUGCCCUAAACCAAAAACAGCAGGAACUCCAUCAACUCCAAACCAAGUCAACUGAAACUGAAGCAUCUCUUGUCUCCACACAAAAGCAAUUGGAGCAACUUCAGCAACAGGCAACCGCAUCUGGCGAAGAGGGAUCCAAGAAUUUGGCCAAGUUACAAGAGGAGAUUAAUCAGCUUAAGAACCAGGCUGAGAAAACUCAGUCCGAAUUAAAAUCUACCCAAUCGGAUGUUGAAGUUAAAAACAAACAAUUGGCAUCAGCUAAUGAAAGUCUCGAGGAGGAAGCUAAAAAGUUGGCCAAUCUGCAGGAACAGAUCACCAAACUUAAAUCCCAAGUUGAAGAGACGGAGACAGCUCUCAGCUCAAGUCAUACGGAUUUGGAAUCUAAAACGAAGCAACUUGAGGCUGCUAAUGCAGCUCUGGAAAAGGUCAACAAGGACUACGCGGAAUCCCGAGCGGAGGCUUCACAUCUGCAAGAUCAGGUUAAGGAAAUCACCGAUACCUUACAUGCUGAACUACUGGCUGAACGAUCCUCUUCCAGUGAUCUUCACACUAAACUCUCCAAGUUUUCGGAAGAGUUAGCUACAGGCCAAAAAGAGUUGACCAGCAAGGCCGAUGCCUGGAGCCAAGAAAUGCUGCAGAAAGAGAAAGAACUUCUGGAGCUAAGGCAGCAGCUUCAAGAUAGCCAGGAUUCUCAAACCAAACUGAAAGCAGAGGGUGAAAGAAAAGAAAAGUCUCUGGAAGAAACCAUAAAGAAUCUUCAGGAACAAGUCACUAAGACUAAGUCGGAAAAUCAAGAACUAAGCAGUGGCUCGCAGGAGACAAUUAAGGACUUGCAAGAGCGAUUAGAAAUCACCAAUGCCGAGCUUCAGCAUAAGGAGAAAAUGGCCUCCGAAGAUGCACAGAAAAUAGCUGAUCUUAAAACUCUUGUAGAAGCCAUCCAAGUUGCCAAUGCAAACAUAUCAGCCACCAAUGCAGAGCUCUCGACGGUGUUGGAAGUCCUUCAGGCAGAGAAAAGCGAAACGAAUCAUAUAUUCGAGCUUUUUGAAAUGGAAGCGGAUAUGAAUUCAGAGCGGUUGAUUGAAAAACUCACUGGAAUGAAAGAUGAGCUGAAGGAAACACAUCUUCAACUGGAUGAGCGACAGACAAAGCUUCAAGAACUGGAGACAAAGCUAGAACAAACACAGCAGAGUGAACAGAAUUUGCAGCAAGAAUCUUUGACUUCCAAGGAACAACUAAAGGAACUACAACAGUCAUUGGUGGAGGUUCAAGAUAGUCUGAAGCAAAAAGAGGAACUUGUCCAGAACUUGGAGGCCAAACUGAAGGAAUCCAAUUCCGUUGUAGAAGGUCAAAUCACUUCGUCCCAGGAAAAUUUAGAAAAUAAAUUGAAAGACAGUAAUAUACAAUUAGAAAUCCAAAACGGUUCAUCAAAGGAAACUCAACUUAAGUUGGAGGAGGCCCGUGAGAGGGAGAAAAUCCUGCAGGAAGAGGCUGCCAAAUUAUCUGGUGAACUGCAGCAAGUACAACAGGCCAAUACCGAGGUGAAGGAUUCCCUAGUAAAAGUAGAAGAACUUGUGAAAGUUUUCGAAGAGAAACUCCAAGCAGCUAACUCCCAGCUGGAAGCUCAACAGGCCACAAACAAAGAACUCCAGGAGUUGUUGGUGAAGUCUCAAGAGAACGAAGGAAAUCUACAAGGCGAAUCGCUGGCAGUCACCGAGAAAUUGCGUCAGCUGGAACAAGCCAAUCAGGAACUUCAGGAGGGUCUAUCUGAAAAAGAUAAAAACUUAAAAUACCUUGAGGUUAAAAUUCAGGAAACUAAUUCUAUGUUGGAAGGUCAAAAGAAGAGCCACAACGAACUCCAGGAUAAGUUGGAACAGGCCCAGCAAAAGGAGAGAAGCCUACAAGAGGAAACCUCCAAGUUAGCAGAGCAACUGAGUCAACUUAAACUAACUAAUGCGGAGCUCCAAAAGUCCCUCCUUCAGAAAGAAUCCCUUUUGGAAAAGGGCAAUGAAUUCGACUCUCAACUGGCGGAGUAUCAGAAAGUCAUAGAUGAAAUGGAUGAUUCGGCCUCUGCUAAGACCAAGCUGCUGGAACAGCUUCAGAAUAGAGUUGUGGAACUGGAGGCCGCACUUCAUCAAGCCAACGAAGCUCAGAAGACUGCUUCUCUGGAGACUAAGGAACUGAGGCGCCAGCUGGAAUCGCUGGAGCUGGAGAAGUCCAGGGAGAUUUUGACCCUUAAGACUCAGAUGAAUGGAGCUGGCAGCAAGUCAGGACAGGGGGAUGAACUGGAGUCACUGGACACUGAGACAAGUCUAGCCAAGAUCAACUUCCUUAACUCAAUCAUUGCAGACAUGCAGCACAAGAAUGAUGCUCUGAAGGCCAAAGUGCAAACUCUAGAAACCUUGCCAAUGGAUUUCACCAAACCUCAUGCCUUCGAUGUGCUGACCAAGCGAAAACCGGCUCCCAGACUUUUCUGCGACAUCUGUGAUGAGUUUGAUCAACACGAGACUGAGGACUGUCCAAUUCAGGCUAGUGAGGAUCGGGACUACUCCCCACCACCAUCCGAGGCCAACAACAACGAAAAAGAACGCAAGCUGCCUGCGCCCAGGAAAUACUGCGAUUCCUGUGAGGUCUUUGGCCACGAUACGAGCGAAUGCGCCGAUGAUGAAACCUAUUAGCUCUAGAUAAAUUCUAAAUUAUUUUUCCAUUUUACUUUGUUUUGACUCUUAAGCAUAACCUUAUGGCGAGAUCGCGUAUCUAUCAGUUUUUUACCUCAGCAGAGCUUCACUCAAUCACACAAACUACAUUCUCUAUACAAAAUUGUGAUCUUGCGUUAUGCACACAUUCAUGGAUAAUAGCCUAUUUUAAAUUGUUUUUAUUUAUUUAAUGCGAUUAGUGGCAAACACACAAUCGGUUGUUUUCGUAAUUUUUGAGUGUAAACUAGUGUAAAAAUAAAAGCCAAAAUGUGGAA